AUGCCAAAGCGUCACCGUGAGCCGGAGAAUUUGUUACCGUUCGCCGUUGAGGACUACGGCGACGGGGUUGCGGAACAGGAGAGUUGCGGCAGCGAUGAGUUUCACAGCAGUGAAAUGGGGAACGAUGGGAAUGUCUCCUCCCCCGCCGGCACGCCGAAGGAAGAUGCGGACGACAGCUCUUCUGUCAUGAUGGGCAGCAGCAACGACGACGGUGAUGGAGAUAACGCCAGUCUCAUUAACGUGGAAUUUGGCGUGUUUGAGAUGCGGCGGGAUGUGAAUGCUGUCAUGCACCUCAUUGACCAGCUAUGCCCGGAUAAAAUGAAUGAGGUGGACCGCGACGAAUUGGGUGCGGCGCUGCACGAAAGCCCCUUCACGUGUGUUGUGAAGAUCGGCGACGACGAAGACGACGAUGAAGAGGAGGAGGAGGAGGAGGAAAUUUAUGGCAUGGCGAGUGUUUUGGACGCGGUGCACGACACCCGGCUGGAAUCGCUGCUUCGUACGCUGCGAGAAAACGUUUGGCGCACCGUCGCACCGGGUAUUCUCCCAACCGAAAUGUUGAAGUCUACCGACGACGCGACAGGGAGGGCGAAGUGUGUGCUGCUCGUUGGCGAGUACGUCCGCAAUGUUCCGCUGGAGUUGACGUCUCAAAUCAUCCAUGACAUGAUGGAACGCGUUGAGACCGCGUUUAACGCGAAAAGCUCCAUGAGCAACAAGGCCGGUGACGACGCACCGUCGACGGUUCAGGCCAUAUUCCCGUGCAUGUUUGCGAUGCUGUCUAAGAUACAGCGGGCGGUGGAUGCUCCUUUAAAGACACCAACACCAAUGAACGCAAGACAGGAUCCCCCGCCCAAGAAGAGGCGUGGACAGAACGCAGCGCAGCCGGAUGAGUUUGACUUGUGCCGAUAUCUGUUUUGGCGUGAGGAGGACUCAAUUAUUUACGAAUACCGAGACAAGCGCAUCGCCACUUUGGCCUACCGCUGUCGCCCGCAGUACGACGGCCAGCCGGAGAACGAUAUUCCAAUUUCAAUCUUGUACGUUGUGCCGUACGGCGGGUUGAUGCAGGCAGUUGCGGAGAUCCGGAAGCGCGAGUCGACACAAGUAAAUGUUGUGCGGUACUGA